AUGUCAAUGUUUAACUAUUACCGGGCAAAAGCCUCGGAUCCACACGUAACCAAAAUAUAUCAAAUGGUCAGCAUAGUGUCCUCGGCAUUAUACGCAACAUUAACUAAUAUUGCCUUUCUCGACCUUGGACGUCGAUUCUAUCAAAAAAACGCGUGGAAGACCAAAUUAUGGCACCUGACAAUUGGCGGAACAGCCAUUUAUAACGCUUUGGCAUUGACGCAAUUGCUGUUGCUAUCAGACACAACGAGAUAUUCGCCCAACUUUACCGUUAGUGUGGCUGAAUUCGUAUCGGGAUUUAUUAUCGCGGGGUUAGCAUUCCUUUAUACCUUCAAGCCGAUUCUAUCUUAUGCAUUUUCAUCAUAUGCAUGUUACGACUGUCCGUCAUCAUCGACAACACAGCCCACCACCACUCCCUGUUCGCAAUCUGUUGUUUAUCCGAUAUCGGUUUCUUCUCGGUCAGCGGUUUUUUCUUCUCGGACACUUUCGCUUUCGAGUCAUAAAACGCAACCACAGAAUAUAGCCGUCGGUUUUUGGUACUUUAUAACUACUUCGAUUGUGGGGAUAUCCUGUUUUGCGUUUAAUCUAUACUUUACACUAAAAUUACACGAUUUGUGCUGGCCGACUGUGCAUGCGUUUGACUACUUCCACAAAGCACUCUUUGUAAUGAAUUUAUCGAUACCAUUACCUAAAUGUGUGGCUGGUGCAUUAAAGAAAUCCAGAGAAAACGCUGAGGAAGAAGGCGGUAUAGGCAAUAAGAUUGCUAUAGUUGGAAAGUUUAGAGGCAACGAUGCUGGGAACACACACAAUAUCGAGGAAGCCAAUAAGACUGCUACAAUUGGAAACGAUGUUGAGAACACACACAAUAUCGAGGAAGCCGUUAUGGACGAUAAAGCAACAGCGGUUGGGCCGUGCAAGAGCAACGAUGCUGAAAACGCAACCGACAAUAAUAGUUGA